AUGUCCUCCUCCUCGGCUGCUCCAUCCCCAUCUCUGCUCCGCGGUUCGGCGGUCCUGAUCAUCUGGGGCCGCGUGCAUGGCUACGAGGAUCCGGGAGUAGAACGCCUGCUGAACGACUGGUGGACAUAUGAGCAUUUGCCGGAACGGCUGGCGUUGCCAGGCUUCCACCGCACCCGACGGUACUACUACAACAGCUCGUCGCCUGUGGAGGACGACGGUGGCGACCAAGUCAUGACGCCGAGCCGCUCCUCAAAUUACAUGGUGCUGUAUGAGGUGUCGUCGCUGGCGGCGCUCACGUCACCCGAGUACAUGCACGCACUCAACAACCCGACGCCGGGCACGAGGAAGUACAUGCGCGUGCUGUCAGGCAUGAGCCGGUCGGCGUGUCGCGUGCUGGCGUCGACAUCACGGCCUGAGUUCGCGUCCUGUAAGGUCGGCGGCGCGGGCGGGACACUUGGGCACAUCGUCUUUGAAGCCCCUGCGGCGGCGGACACGCGCGCCGAGUUACAGGACUGGCUCUCGGGUGAUGGCUGGCGGAGCCUCUGCGCAAAGCACUCCAGCCUGCUCGCCAUGCACGUGCUCGAGCACGACGAAGCCGCCACCCGCUCGGGCAGCUCGACCAAGUCGUACGACGAAGUCGACUUCAAAGGGGGUCCCGAAAGCGCCGCGCUCAAGUGGAUGGUGCUGCUCGAGUUCACGGACCCUCUUGGAAGCCUCUUUGCGUCCUAUGGACCCCAGAGCGAUGAUAUCAAGCAGGGUCUGAGGAAGCAUGAUGUUGAUUUGUCCACGGUGACGCAAGAGCUGUUUGGAUUGUUCGUCGUCAUGGAGGAGUAA